CAUAUAUAUUAUUCUCCUCCCCAUUAAACCCUAAUCUUUGGACUCUCCAUCGAUCAGAUCUCUUCCCCAGCACAUGGAGGGCGGUGGAUUACACUUCACUUUGCUUACCCAUAGCUCCAAGGAUACGGGGUAUAAAAGCAGCUACUUUAAUCAGACUAUGCGAUAUUGUACUUUGAGCGAGUCGGAGUUGGAGGAUUGUAUUCAUCUAGAUCCUGAAAUGUCUGAAUUUCAAGGACUUUUAGUAAAAGACAUUCCAAUUCAAUAUGGAGUUUUCCGUGUCGGUGGUACCUUGUUCAUGUUCGGGGGUUGCCGUUUGGAGGAUGAUCCCAUAGCCCCGGAACCAACCAACUGGUUGUGGUCUGUGUCGCCACCACCUCCACAUGCUGCUUCUCCAAAUAUGUGUUGGACUCGUUGCCCCACGGCUAUGAAUGUAAAGCGAUACAUCUCCGUGCUAGUCCCAUUACGCGAUGGCAGGAUAUUCAUCUGUGGGGGCACUACUGAUCUAGAAAGUUGGGCUGAGAUCUACGACCCAGUGAAAGGCCAGUUCGAGGCUAGGAAAUUAUCUGAUGAUAUUGGAUAUCCCAUGCCAACUUCUUGCUUUCAGUGGACCGACGAACUGGUUGUGAUAUACUAUCACAGAUGGUUUUACAGCAAAGAACUAUUCUACCGCCCAUCGCGCGACAAGUUAGGCGAAGAUAAACAGCAUUCGAAGCCAUCUCUCCUCUCGUACAACUUGCGGACAAAGGAGUGGGAAGUCAUAGAAGAAAAGCUCCCUGGACCAUUACCUACCUCAGAUUACAGGAAGAAGAGGAACCUUGUCUAUGUGGGGUGUGACACUCUAUUCAUUAUCGACAGCACAAGUCAUUGGUUCAGCUACAAUCUGUCCUCCAAGGAGGUUGGGAAAGUCAAGGUUGAGGGUCAGAGUAAGGAGUAUGAGGAUGAGGAUGAGGAGCUCGUGGUGGGAGCUGUCUACGCUGGCAAUAAUGUUAGUCAAAGUACAGGUUGGGUCAUCUACAUAUUCCAGGACAACUGCGAGACGUGUCUUCGAUAUUCCAAGGUUGAAGUUGUCCAAUGGAAGGGCAUGGACUACGUUGCUACAGUUCUGUCCAGUGGUCUCGUAACAGUCGGUUUUUUUACCAAUGUUGAUAUCAUUGUUGACCAUGAGAUCACAAAGAAUGAAGUCAAGACUAAUGCUCUGGCAGGCAAAGGUGAGUGAACAAUCCAGCUAUUGGAAAUGGGAAACACGCAUUGCUGCCGAAAAAGCGAGCACGAGAGUCGCUGUUGAAAGAGAAAGGAGAAGAGAAGAUUGAUGAUGAGUGAAUGAAGGGGAACUAUAACUGCUUGUAUUACGUUGAAAUCUGUUGAAUGAAAGCAACUAGAUUUGCUUGUAUUAUGUGUUGAAUGGCUUCUUUUUGCUUUGCUUUGCUAAUUCUUCCAAUUCCAGUUUCCUUAUUAUAGCAUAAGUAUAUUGAAAUUUC